AUGAGUGUCCAAAGUAGUGGAAGUUUGGAGGGGACGCCAUCUUGGUCCCAGCUCUCCACGUCCCUGAAGCGGACUUGUUUUCAGCAACAUACCACGGCAGGGGUGAAGGCCUGGGAAGGCACCAUGGAGGAGCUGCACAGCCUGGACCCUCGGAGACAGGAGCUGCUGGAGGCACGCUUUAUGGGCGGGGUCAGUGGCAGCACCGGGGGCAGCACUGGCAGUCAGAGUGGGGGAACCAAAGGUUUGACCAACAAUGAAUGUUCAAACCAUAGUUUUGGAAGCUUGGGAUCCUCAAGCGACAAGGAGUCUGAGGGGUCAGAAAUGAAAAGGGGCAGUUCUCCUGCAUAUUCGACUCCAGAAAAAAAAUCUGAAACAAGCAGAGGAAGAAAACGAAAACCUGACGUCCAAUCAGAGAGCAGCCAAGGAAAAUCAACUGUGCGGGGACCCAAAAUAAGUGACUAUUUUGAUUUCCAGGGAGGAAAUGGGUCCAGUCCCGUGAGAGGUCUCCCGCCGAUGAUCCGCUCCCCCCAGAACUCGCAUUCCCACUCUGCUCAGGGCACCUCUGUUAGACAAAAUAGUUCAUCUCCAACAAACCUGUCUUUUAUGGACCACAUGACGCACCCAAAGCAACUCGCAGUCAAAUCCAUUCAAACUGACCUUACAGUGUUGAAGUUGGCUGCGCUUGAAAGCACUAAAAACCUCGACCUUGAGAAAAAAGAGGGCAGGAUAGACGAUUUGCUGAGGGCAAACUGUGAUCUCAGAAGGCAGAUAGAUGAACAACAGAAAUUACUUGAAAAGUACAAGGAACGCUUGAAUAAAUGCAUCACGAUGAGUAAGAAGUUGCUCAUUGAAAAGAGCACCCAGGAGAAGCAGGCCUGCCGGGAGAAGAGCAUGCAGGAUAGAUUACGAUUGGGCCACUUCACUACAGUCAGGCACGGAGCUUCGUUCACAGAGCAGUGGACGGAUGGCUAUGCUUUCCAGAACCUUGUCAAACAGCAGGAGUGGAUCAACCAGCAAAGAGAGGACAUAGAGAGACAACGAAAACUUCUUGCCAAGAGAAAGCCUCCCUCUAUGAGCAACUCCCAGUCACCAACUACCAACUCGGAGCCAAAGCAACGCAAAACCAAGGCAGUGAAUGGAGCAGAGAAUGAUCCCUUUGUAAAACCUAGCCUACCUCAGCUGCUGACACUUGCAGAGUACCACGAACAGGAAGAGAUCUACAAACUACGGCUUGGGCAUCUCAAAAAGGAAGAAGCUGAGAUCCAGGCGGAGCUCGAACGUCUGGAGAGAGUCCGCAACCUUCACAUUCGGGAGCUGAAGAGAAUAAAUAAUGAAGACAGUUCACAAUUUAAAGACCACCCAACGCUGAAUGAGCGAUACCUUCUCCUACAUCUUUUAGGUAGAGGAGGUUUUAGUGAAGUUUACAAGGCUUUCGACUUGAUUGAGCAACGGUAUGCUGCUGUGAAAAUCCACCAACUUAACAAGAACUGGCGCGAGGAAAAGAAGGAGAACUAUCACAAGCAUGCAUGUCGAGAGUACAGAAUACACAAGGAGCUGGACCAUCCCCGCAUCGUCAAACUUUACGACUACUUUUCACUGGACACAGACACAUUUUGCACCGUUAUGGAGUACUGCGAAGGCAACGACUUGGAUUUCUACUUGAAACAACAUAAGCUAAUGUCUGAGAAGGAAGCCCGGUCCAUAGUAAUGCAAAUUGUGAAUGCACUUAAAUAUCUGAAUGAAAUUAAGCCACCUAUCAUCCAUUAUGACCUCAAACCAGGCAAUAUUUUGUUGGUGGAUGGCACAGCCUGCGGAGAGAUCAAAAUUACAGAUUUUGGUUUGUCAAAAAUCAUGGAUGACGACAACUAUGGUGUAGAUGGGAUGGACCUGACAUCACAGGGAGCAGGGACAUAUUGGUACCUGCCUCCUGAGUGUUUUGUGGUUGGUAAAGAGCCGCCAAAGAUUUCAAAUAAGGUGGACGUGUGGUCUGUGGGUGUAAUUUUUUUCCAGUGUCUUUAUGGAAGGAAGCCUUUUGGCCACAAUCAGUCACAACAGGACAUCCUUCAAGAGAACACCAUCCUGAAAGCUACAGAUGUACAGUUUCCCGUCAAACCUGUUUCCAGUAAUGAAGCUAAGGCUUUCAUCAGACGGUGCUUGGCGUACAGGAAGGAGGACCGUAUCGAUGUGCACCAGUUGGGGAGCGACCCGUACCUGCUGCCCCACAUGAGGAGGUCCAGCUCGUCCGGAAACCUGCACAUGAACGCUGCCAUGUCCGCCCCUGCUCCCUCCAGCAUCAUCUCGUACUGAGGCCCAAAGGCGGAUGGACCUAAGGGGGAACCAACAGCCAGUGGAGGGAGAAGGGUGGACCUCCUCAGACCUGUACCGGUCUUGUAUUUGUUUACCAGGGCUCGAUCAAAGGAGAGGACACUUGAUGAACAUGGAGACCUUGUUGUUGGUCUGACACAAGCACUGAAGUUAUACCAUGAAGAAUAUGCGACUGUUGAGACAUUUUAGAUGGAGAAAGCCUUACAGGGCCGAAGGGAGACUUGGCGGUCCAGUGUUAAAAAGUGACAAAAAAUGAACUCUGUCUGGCCCAGAGUGCAAAUGAUAUUGAGCUGCUAGAAGUUAAUUUACUGUGAGAAAACUGUCAUCUUCACGUAGAACUACCAAGGUUUCAAAUUUGUUCUGUGUUCACAAAUGUUUAGGCUUUAAUUUGAGUUAGCCAUGAGAAUGUAAUGUGUAGCAUACAAAUGUAGAUGGGGCCGUAUACUUAACAAUAAAUGCACAAAGUAACCAAAUGUAGAAAAUGGCUAUGUACAAAAUCCUAUGCAGGAAUAAUAAUUAUCAAAUAAAUUGGAAACUGUAUAUGCUGUACAGGUGAAUUUUCAGAUGAAAAAAGCAGCAGUAAUGUGUACAAAGUGGAGACCUGCCCCUGUCAGUCAGUUCCUGGGGUGGUUUAAUUUGCUGCUUUGCUCUUACUUUUUCAAGGGCUGUAUGUUCCACUUAGGGUACAAAAUGUACAGGUCCGCUAAGAGUGAAUAAAAUGCCAGGAAACUCUG